AUGUCGAAGCCUUCAGAUCUGGCGCCAUGGGAGAGUGCCGUCGCAGGUGCCGCAGGUGCCGUGCUGGCCAAUGCCUUAGUAUAUCCACUCGACAUUGUUAAGACGAGAUUACAAGUCCAGAUCAAGAAGCGGGACCAACCCGUGCAGCACACCGCCGAACAGCAUCACUACGAAUCAACCUUGGACGCCAUUAAAAAGAUAGUAGAACACGAGGGUAUUCAGGGUCUGUAUUCGGGUUUCCACGGGGCACUUCUCGGCGUGGCCUCGACGAACUUUGCAUACUUCUACUGGUAUUCGGUGGUGCGAGGCCUGUACACCAAAUACGAAACGAUCGCCGGCCAGCACCCGGGCACGGCAGUCGAGCUAGGGUUGGGAGCUGUGGCUGGAGCCGUUGCACAGAUAUUCACCAUCCCCGUCGCAGUCAUCACCACACGACAGCAAACACAGCCAAAAGGCCACAAGAAGGGCUUCUGGGAAACAGGAAAAGAGGUGGUUCAUAGCGAUGACGGCUUGAGCGGACUGUGGAGAGGACUGAAGGCCUCGCUUGUGCUGUGUGUCAACCCAGCAAUUACUUAUGGCGCUUACCAGCGCUUGAAAGACAUUUUGUAUCCAGGAAGGGAAAGAUUACGUCCUUGGGAGGCUUUCCUUCUCGGAGCCCUCUCCAAGUCCAUAGCCACCAUGACUACCCAACCCUUAAUUGUCGCAAAGGUUGGUCUUCAAUCACGGCCUCCGCCAGCUCGCGAAGGGAAACCCUUCAAAAGCUUUGGGGAGGUUAUGGCCUACAUCAUCGAGCAUGAAGGGCCACUUGCUCUGUUCAAGGGGAUAGGGCCUCAACUAGUCAAGGGCUUGUUGGUACAAGGUUUUCUCAUGAUGACCAAGGAAAGAGUCGAGAUUCUUUUCAUACUCCUUUUCGCUUAUAUGCGGACGGUCAAGGAGAAGAAAUUGAAGGCUGUUGCGGAGAAAGUGAAAGCAAACACGGCGCCGUUGGCCGACGGCCUGAAGAGCAGGGCCAUGCCCGUCGCAGAGAACGUGCUGGAAAAGGCCAAAGCUGCCAUUCCCGCCAGUGUGAAAUGA